GGUGGUGGUGGUGGCGGCGGAGGUGGCCGUGGAGGCCGUUUCAACGACCGCUACGACGACCGUCGCCGCGGAGGCUACAGCGGCGGCGGCGGCGGCGGCUAUGGAGGCGGUGGCUACGGAGGUGGUCGCGAUGACCCCUACCGUUACCGCGGAUACGAGCGCCGUGGAGGCUACGAAGACCGUGGCGGUGGCUACGAGCGUGGCUAUCGCGAGGACCGUGGCUACGACCGCAGCUACCGUGAGGAUCGGGGCGGCGCUGGUGGCUCCGGUGGCUCCGGUGGCUACGAGAGACGCGAGCGUGGUGGUGACGACACUUACAGCAGCAGCGGUCGCGUCGAUCGCUACGGCGGCGGUGGUGGCAGCGGUGGCGGACGCGAGGACCGUGGCGACCGCUAUGCUCGCGGUGGCGAUGACCGUCGUGGCGGCGGUGCUGCCGGCUACGAGAGACGCGAGCGCACUGGUGACGACACCUACAGCAGCAGCCGUGACCGUCCUCCCCGCGAUGCGCCUGCCGGAGGUGCGGCUUACGCCGAUGCCCCUGCUCGCUCCGAGGGUCGCGAGGCCUAUGGAGGCUCUCGCUAAUUUCUUAACGCUCUUUCCCCGAGUCGUCAAUACGCCCGGUUUGAUGGCGACUGACGGAUCAUCCCUUUCCUCUUUCCUAGUUCGAUCGAUUACGGCGGAUAUCCCAAAAAUUGCGUCUCAUGAAGUUCUUGUGCACUACAACUAGUAUGGGAUGGAUCACAAAAAUGGGAAUUUUCGGCCUGCGUGGUUCACGGCUUUUUAACCUCGGUUUCUCGGUAACUAUGACUGUACGCGAGGAUCAGCUGCCUUUCAAAGGGGGUGCUGUUUCUCAA